AUGGAUUGCUUGGACGCGCCUCAAACGGGGGAGCCGUCUUUCGACGCGCCGCCUCAAGUGACGGCGGGAGAACCGUCAUGCUUAGAUGCGCUUCUAACGGGCGAACUUCCAACCGUUGAGGUUGAUUUUGAGAAUUCUCAAAAUCAACCGUUCCAAACCGGGGAACUUCAAACCGUGCCGGCGGAUUGGAGCAGCAUCAGCAGGGAGGAGCUCCGCCUGAUCCAAGAAGCGCUGCAGCGCGCCGAGCAGCCCGGACUGGGAAAUUCCGAGGCAGCUUCAAUCGCGGAGAAGCAAGGGCUGCGUGAGUUCGACCCAGCUUCAAGCGCGGAGAAGCAAGGGCUGCGUGAGUUCGACCCAGCUUCAAGCGCGGAGAAGCAAGGGCUGCGUGAGUUCGACCCAGCUUCAAGCGCGGAGCGCGCAGGGAUGGUGCUAAUGCCAUUAGUGGAGGGUGAGGGAGAGAGUCCGGAUGGAGUAAUAGCACCCGCAGCAGGGCUUUUGAGGCAGGAUCAUGGAAGUGGGGCUCUGGGGGAUUUAUCCCCUCCCAUACCCCUGCUGACUCAGACUCGGAAUGACGAGACUCAUCGUUCCCUUCCCGUGCUUCCUGCGCCGCUGCUGACUCAGCAUCUGCCGCCCAAUCAGCAGGUGCCAACUCAGCCGACUUCACAGCUCGGCACCUCUCCUCCUCCAUCUGCGUGUCUCUCCUUCCCCUCGCCAUCCGUUCCCGUCGUCCUCAACCGCUCAUCAACCUUAGGAGCCCUCAGAUUUCCGACCGCUGCUAUUGCGACUGCUGCUGCUGUUGAACCACGCGCUGCUGCUGCUGCUGCUGCUGCUGCUGCUGCUGCUGCUGCUGCUGUUUUCUCUAGCAGCAGCAGCCACGUUUUCACCGAGAAAAUACCGGGUUGUAUCGCCAAGGUCGAUACGCCCUGGAGCACAGCAGUAGCCCUUCCUGCUAUGGCCGCUCCCGCCCCUGCAACAAGCGUGGCAAGAAUCACUCCUGCUUCAGAGCCUUCCUGCUUGACUGCUGCUGACACUGCUGCUGCGCCUGCUGCUGCAAUCACUUUCUCAAGCUACUCUGGCAUGUGCCGCACACGUCCAGGCAUGAGCCCCACACACUCUGACCUGGGCUCCACACAGUCUGACGUGUGUCCCACACGUGCUGGCGUGCGCCUGCCACAGCACCCAUUGGACCGGCUUGCUGCUGCUUUCGCACAGCCUCUGCCGCUUCCUUUUGAAAUGGCGCGUGGGGUGGGACUUGACGACGGGUGCGUGGAUGCUUUUCCCCCUGCUGCUACUGCUGCUAUUGAUGGUGGUGCUGCUACUGGUGGUCGAGCAGGGGCUGUUGCAGCGGCAGCAGGGGCGAGGCAGAUCACGGGGAAGAGUGCUACAGAGAAACAUCGGCGGUCCAAAAUAACUGACCGAUUAGAAGCUCUCAAGGCAGUGAUACCAGCGGAGGUGCUGCUGAGGCAGCAGGGCCAGGCGGGGUUCAGCAAUCGCACGCAGAUAGCCACUCUCCUGGAUGUGUCAGAAUCUAGCAGCAGGGAUGAACUAUGA